AUGGCUGUCUCUGCACCUCCGGUGAUCUCUGCAACUUCCAGCAGCGCCGGAGUCCCGGGGGGGUUAUUCCGGGCUGAACCUCUGUAUUCGUCUCCAGGAGAGCCCCCGCGUCUAACCCCUAAUCUGAUCAACAGUUUCAUGGCCAAUAACCACAGCGGCAGUGUCGGGGGUGGCGGGAUUGGUGGUGGCAGCUGUGGCAGCAGUAACACCAACACUAACGAGUGCCGGAUGGUGGACAUGCACGGAGUGAAGGUGGCUUCAUUCCUGAUGGACGGCCAGGAACUGAUCUGCCUGCCGCAAGUCUUUGAUCUUUUCCUCAAGCACCUCGUGGGAGGGUUGCACACUGUGUACACUAAACUGAAGAGACUGGACAUAUCCCCCGUGGUGUGUACUGUGGAGCAAGUUCGAAUCCUUCGUGGGCUGGGGGCCAUCCAGCCAGGGGUGAACCGCUGCAAGCUCAUCACCAGGAAAGACUUUGAAACUUUGUUCACCGAUUGCACAAAUGCCAGAAGGAAGAGGCAAAUGACAAGAAAACAAGCUGUUAACAGUUCCAGACCUGGCAGGCCUCCUAAGCGUUCUCUGGGAGUGUUGCAAGACAAUGCCCGCCUUCUGCCCCAUGCAGUCCCAGGGCUCUUAUCACCAGGACUUAUCACUCCAACAGGUAUAACAGCUGCAGCAAUGGCUGAGGCGAUGAAGCUCCAGAAGAUGAAGCUUAUGGCAAUGAAUACUCUGCAGGGAAAUGGAAGCCCAAAUGGGGCUGAGUCAGAGCCAGAUGACCUUCAUUCUAACACAGGUGGAAGUGAAUCCUCCUGGGAUAAAGAUAAGAUACAAUCUCCACUUGCUGCUCCUGGACCUCAACAUGGAAUUGCUCAUGCAGCACUGGCUGGCCAGCCCAGCCUUGGGAAUGCUCCUACCCUCAAUCCACUUCAGCAGAAUCACCUGCUAAGCAAUCGUCUGGAUCUGCCAUUUAUGAUGAUGCCUCAUCCCCUACUUCCAGUCAGCUUACCUCCUGCAUCAGUUGCCAUGGCAAUGAAUCAGAUGAAUCAUCUCAAUACUAUUGCCAACAUGGCUGCUGCAGCUCAGAUUCACAGUCCACUCUCCAGAGCUGGUGCCUCUGUUAUAAAGGAGCGGAUCCCAGAGAGUCCUUCUCCUGCUCCCUCUCUGGAAGAGAAUCAUCACCCUGGGAGCCAGACCUCCUCCCACCCGAGCAGCAGUGUGUCCAGCUCUCCAUCCCAGGUGGAUCAUCCUUCAGAGAGAAUGGUUAUGAUGCCCAACAAUAGAGAAGAACUUAUUGUUGACCAAGAUAAUGGACAAACCAUGAAAAAAUUCCAAAGGGAUAAUAAAGAAGAAGUACCAACUCAAAUUCCAAUGAUGAAGUCACCAUUGGACAAGAUCCAGUUGGCUCCUGGACAGGCAUUGUCCCCUGGAUUCCCUGGACCAUUCAUUUUUGCUGAUAGUCUGUCCUCCGUGGAGACUCUGUUGACCAACAUUCAGGGUCUACUGAAAGUGGCUUUGGAUAAUGCUCGCAUCCAGGAGAAGCAGAUUCAGCAAGAAAAGAAGGAACUUCGAAUAGAGCUCUACAGAGAAAGAGAAAUCAGAGAAAAUCUGGAGAGACAACUUGCAGUUGAGCUUCAAAGCAGAAGUACAAUGCAAAAGCGUUUGAAAAAGGAGAAAAAAGCUAAGAGGAAACUUCAGGAAGCCUUGGAAUUUGAAUCAAAGCGCCGAGAGCAAGUGGAGCAGGCACUGAAACAAGCUACAACUAGUGACAGUGGUCUGAGGAUGUUGAAAGAUACUGGCAUUCCAGAUAUUGAAAUAGAAAAUAAUGGGACUCCUCAUGACAGUGCUGCCAUGCAAGCCUGAACACUGAUGCCGGAUCUCCAAGUGAUCAAAGACAUGGAUAGGGUGCUGUAGCAGUUACCUGCUUACCUAGUGUUGUGAUUCUUUAGAAUUCAUACUCAGAUUCUUUUAUAAUAUGGAACAUUCAAUUACUAUUUGUUCAUAAUUGAUGAAUAGAACAUUGAACACAUAGGAAAAAUGCGCUGGAGAUUGGACUUCCCAAGUUUUUAAGGGGCAAUCAUAAUGACUGAACAUACUACUUUUAUAGUGUUUUUUUAUCCAUUACUUUCAAUGAGCUCAUAGUGCUUCACAAACAUCAUCACAUUUAACCACACAGUAGGUUUGUAGUGGGAUAAGUAGGUGGAACAAUUUUGAAGAUGGAUAAAGUGUUAUUUCUAGACUGUAUGUGAGAAAAUAAAAUGUAGAAAUACUUACUUUGAGCUGUACCUAUUAUGGAAUACCUUUAUAUUUCUCCACUAUGGUAUUUAAUAGAACUUUUAUUAGCAGACAAUGUAUUGGUACAAAUGAUUGAUAUUUGUUGCCAUGGUCUGUGAGCUCACUUUGUAGAAGAAACUGCCUGAUUUGUUCUCUAAGAAAACAUAGAGAGCUUUAAUUUCUAGAUCAUGACAUAUUUACAUUUUCCUUUGAACUGAUGGUGGAGGAGCAAGUUAUUUACUCCCUAUCACAUCCCUUAUCUUUAAAGAAGACAAUGAUAAAAGAUGCUCACCAGAAUACCAAAUAUGACUCCUUUAUUCUUUUCUUCCAUUAUGUCCCAAAUAUUGCUUAUUCCUUAUAAUACUAGCAACAGAAAUAAUUAUAAUAGUAAAAACUACAGACACAGGAAAUGAGAAAGGCAGAUUUGAUGGGUCAUUCAUAUUAUGAAUAUUUACACUAUUCACCCUCUGGUCUAAGCAUAAUAAGGUAACUAACAUUUUCAAGAGAUUUAUAAAUGGUUAAUUUGGCCUGAAUUGCUCAGUAAAUGUUCUGAAAUAUUUUUAGUAAGUAACAGUUUACUUACUAAAGAUAUGGCAACAAAUUGGUGAUAUAUAAUUAUUACCAUUUUCACACUUCCUAAGAAUCUAAUAAUCAAUACUUGAGUGAUCAAAACUUUUAAUGACACUUCUCAAGUAUUUUUCAUUACACCAGAAAAAAGUCUUAUUCACUGUGUAGUAUCUGCCCUAGAACUAAAUUCUAUUUUGACAAAGUUAUACUCAUGCAAAUUGCCAAAGGAGAUUUCAUCCACUUUCCAUUAAUCAGUUCCUUGUAUUAAUAUAUGUAGUUUCUUUUAUACUAACCACCAAAAUAAAUUAAAUUUUAAAAUAAUAAAUAUAUUAAUUCAAAUCAGUAUGAUUUAGUGGUUGUUUCAUAUCCUGAAGAAUUUUUUCUAAGCUAUAAAGAUUUUGCUUUUGGUGAUGCACACAGAAUCUACCUGUAAACAAUCUAUUAUGUUUCAGCCAACUGCAUCAAAAUAAUGCCAACUUAGAAAUGAUUUAUGAAGAUGAAAUAAAAUAGUUUGGCCAUAUAAAAUAUAUGAUCUGAAUAACAAUGAUUUGUGGCUAAAGGUACAAUAUUCAGAAUCAACUCUUCAUCAUAUAGACAGAAAACAUGUACUGAAUGAUACAGAAAAUGGAAUAGUAUUUUCAAAUUGGAUCACUUAAAACUAUUUUAGGUGAAUGGGAGGAAUCCUCAUGUUUUUUGUUUUCUGGCAUUUCUUACUUGUUUGCUCUUGGGUCUUUAUGACACCUGAUGUUAGUUAUUCCUUUAUAUAAACUUUAGAUGUAUAACACAGGAGGCAAGUGUCACACAUACUGGAUUGGGGACAACCAAGUGUGGCUCUUGAUGAUUCAACCUAUCAUGAGAGGGUGUCCUAUAUGGAGAAUACCAUACCAAGCUCCUGUUCUGUCACAAGUGAGGCAUUUCUACAAUGAGGAAGGAUUGCAUAAACCUGUAUUUUUACUUAAAAUACUGUUAUAUCUAUAUAUAUGCAAUUCCCCAUGUUGCCCAUUGGAUAAAUAUUAAAGCAGUAAACUAACUGCCAGCUCUCACCAAGUGUCAAUGUAUAUGUCCCUUCUGAGUUUCAAAGCACCUAACAUUCCUCUGGAGAGGGAUCCUUCAUUGCUUUUUCUAAUCUAUCAUCAUGUUUACACACAGAAUGCAUAUGAGAUCAUCUCUGUUUGAUGUUCAAGUAUAAACCCUCUUAAAAACAUGAAGCAGUCAACUCCUAAUUAGCUGUUUCCUAUUCCUAAUGAAGUGAGCAUGGCAGAUUUGGAUUAAAAUUCAGAUGCAGCUCUCUACUGUUUAUGGUUCCAGAUGUUUUUGUUUUAUCUGGGAGUUUACUUUGACAGCUACUACUAAAUGAUAAAUCACUCAUAUGAUAGCUAAAAUGAAUUUUGAAAUUGAAACGUGGAAAACUUUGAGAUUGUUCCAAGGAACAGUGUUGAUUACCAGGUCAAUACUUGUUUUUUCCUUAUCAUCAGUCUGCAUUGGGAUACUCAAAAAAGUAACAGACAAUGUCUCAAUAUUAUAGAACAUGUUGCACUGUUUGGAUACUACUGUCCUUAAAAUUUGAAGUUUUACUAUUGAGAUCUCAACUUAUUGUAUUCUGGGUAAAACAAUUGAUUUACAUCAUAAUGUAGUCUUCUUGUUAGUCUAGUGUUUCUUUUGAUUUGCAAGCCGACGUGGAAACUAUUUCUGAUAGGCUUUGUAAGUGGGCACAUUUAAUGAAAUUUGUACACAGAUAUGUUUGUCUCUUGUAACAAAGAUAAGAAUUAAACAUGAUAAAGUGAAAGAUUUUUCAAAAACUGCAUUUUUCCAAAAGACAAACAGUGAAUGUCUUUUCCAUUCAUUGCUGUGUUUAUAUAACUUUUUAGAUGACAUGGAUUGUUUUACCCAUGCUUUAAAAUGUGUAAUGUUCACAAUUUGCAAUGCAUGACUCAAGUUUUAUUAUUAUUGUAUAAACUUCAAUCCUGGUAAAAAUGACUAAUAUUUGAUGUUGAUGACCUUUUCAUUGAUAUUGAGACUAUGCAUACAGAGAAUGAGGUGGAUUAUAGAACUCAGUAACUAUUUGGUCAAUAUCAUUACAACUUGAACUAUCUGCAAGAUUAGAUUUCAUUACAGUGCUCAGACUCUAUCUCAAAAAGACUAACUUACACAUUUUUCUUGGCUUAAAGAUUAACAAAGAGUUUUUAAAAAUAGGUUUUUAUUUUCUGGUCCCUGCAACAUAAAAGUUAAUUCCAUUGUUUUCUUGGGCAAAUUUUUAUUUACCUGCUAAUGAAGGUAAAUAGCUUUUCUGAUUAAUGCAGAAUCAAUUAUUUUAUUCUGUUACCUUAUAUCUCCUUGAUUUGGGUUUAAAAGUAUUUCCUACAAAAUUAUAUUAAUUUACCUAACAUGAAAUAUUGUACACAGAAAAAAUUAUUGUAGAGUUUUCAUAUACUUUACUCCUUACAACUCAAACCCUUUUUCCAAUCUGAGAUAUGAUUUUAAAAAGACAAUAUCAGUCAAAUGUGAUCAUGCAUGCUUCCUUCUACACAAAGAGGGCACAUUUGAUUUACAAAGAUGUAAUUUAAAGUGUUACUUGAGCACAGGGAGUGGAUUUGUGCUCAUUUAUGAACACAUUCUUUCCUGCUUCCUCUUCUGUAACCAAAGGAUAAUUUUUGUUGAUUUAGCUAGCUAAACAAGCAUAUCAUAAGCCAUUACAGUGGAAAAGAGCAAUUUUAAGCUCAAAGAGGCAGAAUAGAAUUUCCUUUUCAUUCUCAAUAAUAAACUUUAUCUAUAUCAAUCAAAUGCUACAUAACCAUCAGAUGAUAUGGACUCUAGGUUACAAAUAUUUAAAUGAAAAUUGGUUUUACCACUUAGGUCUCAAAUGAUAUAAAAACUAGUCUCUAUAUGCUGUGCACAAUCUUACAGUUAACAAGGGGAAUGAAAACUCUAAAUGUACAAAUCUGUCAUUGUUUUAGAGCCAAACCAGGUAAUGUCUUUCCUUCUGUUUUGGUAAAGCACAGGAGUUUCAAGUGUAGCAUUAUGUACAAAAGGAAAAACUAAUAUAGAUCUCUAUAGACAUUAUAAAAUAGUUUAUGAAAAGAGUCUUUAUCAGUUUUUCAUGUCUUCAAUGCUGUGUAAAGAAGAGGAGCUGUAGCAUGAAGUUUACUUGAAGGAUAUUUGAAAUCUGACACAUUAACAUAAAGAGAUGUAAAAUUAAAUUUUACCUAUAUUAAAUCAAUCCUGUUAAUCAAAUCAUUUUAGGUUCCUGAAGAUAGAUGUUUUAGUACUUUCAUACCUAUGCUUCAGUAAUGUUCCACAGAAGAAUUAACAUGUUUUAUUUUUUUUAAAGGAGGUAAUGAUUACUGUUUAGCAAUGGCACAGCAGCUGUGUUGUGCCUGAAAGUUCCUUGCUAGCUUACAUUAAUGAAGAUGCUUGUGAUUCCAGUAUAUCUCAGAAAAUAUCCAUCAUGAAGUUUAUUUCAGUUGUGUUUAUCAAGAAAGCUUUGUUUACUGAAUCAUCUUUUCCAUGUUACAUUAAGAAAAAAAGAACAUGUACAUAUUUUAAAAGCAAUGAUGUAAACUUUGUCCUUUCAUUAGAUUGACCAAUUUAAGAACAUGAACUAAAUCCUGAUGACUAAAGUAACUUGACCAUACUUGAUGCUUUUUUAAUGCUCAUUUCUGCUUGGCUUUUUGUCCUUCAAAGAAAAAAUAUAGUAGUAUCUUAGAGACUAAAACUUAUAUGUAUUGAUUGAUUCUUUGUUCUAGCAUAUGUUAAGUUAAA